AAUUACGUUACACGACUAUCAGGUAGUUUCCAAACAUGAAUAGGAUUCAACAAAAGAAAAGCGCGAGUGACAGUGGAACAUGGUGUGAGCGCACAGUCUCGUCCAGAAACAUUCACUUCAACGAGAUUGUCAUUGUAGCAGCGGCAAUCAGCCCUGCCGACUACGACAGAUCGGCCUGUUCACCGACCUACGACUACUGCCAUCUGCUUCAGAUCAUCAAGGAACUACGACGAUACAAACGCAACGAAAUGCACAUGUACAGGCGAUGCGAUUGCAUAGAUAAACACUUGAGCCAAUCUCUGUGGCAAAUGCGCCAAACAGGAGCUACACUGUCAGUGAAUUUCUUGAGCGCGACCUCGUUCAGUGUGUGCGAGGGAGUCUGCCUGUCAAGGAGUGAAUCUUGCACGGAUGCAAGUGCCUGUGAUACCAGUGAUGAUGGUGACGAAUAGUUAAAAACACAUGAUCGGUAUCCACAAGCUAAUAGCCGUUUAUAUUAAAUGCAUCGAACAGAUGAUGAUAUGGCACAAUACUGCCCACGGCAGGUAGACCCAUCAUCUCUCGAUCAUCUUCAACUACGAUAAUCUCGCUCCUUUAGAGAGGUUGCUCCUACGGGAAUAAAUCAUGUUAACUAAAUAUCAUAAACAUGGUCUAUGACAUGUUAACUAAAUAUUAUAAACACGGUCUAUGACAUGUUAACCAAAUAUCAUAAAUAUGGUCUAUGACAUCUUAACCAAAUAUCAUAAACAUGGUCCAGGACAUAUACGCAACAAAUAUAUCGGCAUCGAGAUUCCUUGACAGGAAUUUG